AUGAUUCGUAAUCUCUUAAAAACAUCAUCUAGAUUGCAGAUUUUAUCACCAAAAAAUCUAAAAUUUGUUAAAUAUAAUAGUAGUAAUAAUAAUAUAAUAUAUAAUUUAAAGGAAAGAAAGCAAUUUUAUUCAACACAAACUAAUAAUAAUAAUAAUGGAAAGGAUAACAAUAUAGAUAUAAAGAACAAUGAUAAUAAUAAAAAAGAGGGAGUUGAAAAACCAUUUUAUGGAUCCAUUGGUGACAUUGAUUUUAGCAAGAAACAAUAUGGACCAUCAUCAUCAUCAGCAUUAACUAGAGAACAGAUUUCAAAGAGUUUAUUAUUAAUGAGAAGAUCAGCAACAUUGUCAUCAGUUUAUAUGAUGGCAAAAAUGACAGAUGAAAAUCAAACACCAAUCUAUGGUUCAUUGGUACCCUAUGCAUUACAUGACUCUGUAGAAAUGGUAAAAACAGAUAUAACAGAUGAAUCAAAAGAAGAGAAAUUUACAAUCUAUAACCCAAUUAUUGCAUUACAUAAAGACAGUCCACACAUCACACAUUUCAAGCAUUUUAAUAAAUUGGUAAAGCUCCAUCCGGAGUUUGAUUUAGAGCGUAUUAAUAUCAGUGGUCGUGCAAUUAAAGUAGAAAGUAAUAGUAGCACUAGUGGCGAACCAAGCAAAUACAACAUUGACAGAGUUAGAAGAAUUUAUUAUGACCGUAAUCCAAAAUCUAAAUCAGUUAUAGAAAAGAAUAGAGAUAAUUAUUUAUUUUAUAUUGUCGAACUUUCAGAUAUUUACCAUUAUAAUAGAAAUUCAAAACUCACCAAUAUUCCAUUAAAUGUUUUCAAAUCUACCCGUUCUGACCCAAUUACUAUUCAAAGUGGCGAAAUUAUCGAGACUGUAAAUUCACAAUACGAAGAUGCAUUGAUUUCUAUUGUAGAACAAUAUGGCGAUGUUAAAAUCGAUUCAGCAUUUAUGUAUUUCCUCGACUCUUUUGGUCUUAAUUGUAUUGGUAAAAAGAAAGGUAUUGAUGAAUGGUUAGAUAUCCGUAUUCCAUUCGAUACCUCAUUCGACACUCUAGAAAAUUGUAAAAAUGGUUUAUUUGGCACUUUAAAAGAAAGUAGAAAUCACUUUAAAAACAUUUAA